UCUUAUUCUUGUCGUCGCCGCCGGGGCCUCCUCCAGCGCCAGUGUGCGAUUCGGCGUGUAUCCUAUGGUAUAAACGAAAUGUGUCCUGCGAAAAAGAGCGACGGCGCAGGUCGUCGGUGUGCGGGCGAUGGUCGUGGGUGUGUGUUUGUAAUGUUGAUGCUGGCGGCGUUGCGCGCUGAUUCCGAGAGCUGCAGACGGCGUCCAAGCGGUGUCACGUGCCCAUGUACGCCACUUCCCCAACGGUACCUUCUCCACUGGACGCCAGACACGUCAGAGACCGUUGCCAACUCUCUGAAUUCUUCAGACGUGGUAUAGACACUACUUCUUCUCUCGAGUGCUCGCUCGCCCUCCCCACGCGACUAUUACUUUGCAGCUUGUGCCCGCCCGCAACCCCGCCGUGAAUCAGAGCUCCCGUCCGGUGCACUUUACCUCGAGCUGGCCGUGAUAUAACGAUCGCAGCUACUCUCCCAC